CCCUUCGUGUCAGCCGUGUUUUUAACUGCGAGUUGAAGAGAGUCUCUUCUCAGAGCGCCUUCCUAUACUUUGACCCCCCCCCUAAAGAAUAUUUAUUGAACUCCUUAUAUUCGUGGAGACUUCAUUAAAAGCGCAGAUCUGUGGGGGCAGAGUUAUCGAUCGCUUGUUGCUGCUUCAGAGGAUUAACAGGAGCUAAAGGUGGCUAAGCUAGCUAAUAAUAACACUGUCAGUGUCACUGUUUUUGUACUUUGGAAACUGUUACAGAGAUGCAGGUAUUAGUGUCUGCUCCAGGGAAGGCGAUCCUCCACGGAGAGCAUGCAGUCGUGCACGGAAAGGUGGCUCUUGCUGUGAGUUUGAACCUGAGAACAUAUUUACAGUUAAAAGCCACGACUUCUGGCAAAGUUUGCAUCAACCUCCCAAACAUUGACACAUUCUGCUGCUGGGACCUGUCUGAACUGAGGCAGCUCCUUCCUCACUUCUGUGGUAAGAGGGAGGAGGUGAAACGACUCGAUGCUGAACUUGUGAAGAAACUGCGUGAAUUUGUCGGUGUAGCCGAUGCAAACUUGGAUACGUGCAACAUGGCCAUCUUAUCCUUCCUCUACAUCUACAUCUCAUUGUUUGGAUCAGGUGAGCUGCCCAGCUUGACGGUGUCUGUGUGGUCGGAGCUGCCGACUGGAGCCGGUCUGGGGUCAAGUGCUGCCUACUCUGUGUGUUUAGCUGCAGCUCUGCUCUGUGCGAGUGGAGCCAUUCCAGCUCCUCUCAAAGAGUGGGAUCACACUGCCAGGUGGUGUCAGGAGGACCUGGAGCUGAUCAACAGCCGAGCUUUCCAAGGGGAGAUGAUCAUCCAUGGUAAUCCUUCAGGGGUAGACAACGCUGUAGGAACAUGGGGUGGCAUGCUGAGAUUCUUGGCCGGGAAGAUAAUACCACUGAGCAGGGUGCCGUUAUUAAGAAUCCUCCUCACUAACACCAAAGUACCACGUAGCACCAAGGUGCUUGUUGCCAGGGUGAAGGACAAGAUUAACAAGUUCCCCUCUAUCAUGGCCCCAGUGCUGGACUCAGUUGAUGCUAUUUCUUGCACCUGUGAGAAAGUCCUCUCAGAGAUGACCAGUGAGCCCAUCACAGGAGAGCACUACAAUAUUCUAGAGGAGCUCAUUGACAUUAACCAGCACCAUCUGAAUGUGAUUGGUGUGGGGCACCCUGCCCUGGACACACUGUGCCGGGUCACAUUGGCCAAAGGGCUCCACAGCAAGCUAACCGGCGCAGGGGGAGGAGGCUGUGGCAUCACCCUUCUGAGACCAGAAACUGACUCCUCUGUAGUCCAGACCACAGUGCAGGACUUGAGAGACUGUGGCUUUGACUGCUGGGAAACAAGUAUUGGUGGGCCAGGAGUCCAGCAGCACUCUCCUCUCUCUGUUAAGGAGGAAGUUCUGGAGAUUUUAAACCGUUACUGACACUGUGGCUGUGGCUGAACAAGAGGACAGACGAACUGUUUGUCUUUUUGUUCUUACCUCAAGACCUGAGGUAGGCUCAACUUAUCAAGUGAGCCGAGUGGACCAAGGAAAGUUUCGCACCGAGCAGAGCUUCCUGAAGUGUUAAUUAUACAUUUGCCUGACUGAAAAACUGUGUCUCUAACAGAUUACUGGGAAGAUGAAGAGGAUUUAAUGUUUUUUGGUGAAGAAUCCCAUGGAGUGUUUACUUAUAUAUUAUAUAUACUGAGCGCUUUGUCCACUAGAUGGCAUCAGAGUUGCACAAAUGCUUUUUAUGAAACAGGAUUAAUGGUAAGAGGUUCUCGUAAAUUGAUUAAUAUCUAAGUGAAGCAAUUAAUUUAUAGGUUCAUCCAAAUGUUUAAAGCAGUAGAGCCUUAAUGGAUUAAAUAAUUGUCAUUAAUUGAUCAGCCCUGGCAGUGUAACAUGCAGUAUUGUUGGAUAACCGCUAGAAUGAAAGUGGGCAUUUGUGGUAUUCAUUUUUACAGAAAAUGUUAAUGGAGAAAAAGUUUGAUGAAUUAAAUUGUUUUUUGGUUCAUUGGAAGCUCAGUGACUAUUAUUCAGAUUUUGUCCCUUCAGUUCUACAAAGAGGUUUAUGAAAGUGACUGUGCUUUCUCAUGAACAAGAAUGUCUGAACAAACUUAGUCCAGGUAACAAUAUAGACUCUGAGGACACUUUGCACAUAAAUUAUUAUUAUCCAGACAGACUGUAUGCUGCUUUGAUGCUCUAACGCUCUUUUAUUGUGCUCUACUUUUGACAUAAAAGUCUUUAAAUGCAAAAUGAA